AUGAAGAAUCUCACCGUCGCCGUCGCGCAAUCCCGCACCCUCGACAUAACAUGCUCCACCCUCGCAGCCCUUGAGCGAACAMCCCGCCACGCCUCAUCCCGCGGCGUCCACGUCCUUCUCUUCCCCGAAGCAUACCUCGGCGGCUAUCCACGUACAUGCGCUUUUGGAACAGCAAUUGGUGCUCGUGACCCUCAGGGUCGGGAUCAAUUCUUGGAAUACUUCAACUCGGCGGUUGACCUAGGUGACACGCCAUCCGGUGCGGGGGAUGAUUGGGUUGAGAGGAAAUUACCCUGUGCCAAGGGGAAGGAGUAUCGCGGUGAUGGUACGAGGGAAUUCUUAGAGCGUGUGGCGAGUGAGACGAAUGUGUUCAUUGGCGUGGGAUUGAUUGAGAGAGCUGGUGGGAGUUUGUAUUGUUCCGUGGUCUACGUUGAUCCGAAAAGAGGCGUGUUAGGGAAGAGACGGAAAGUCAUGCCAACAGCAACUGAACGUCUGAUUUGGGCACAAGGCUCCCCUUCAACCCUCAAAGCCGUGACAACCGAAAUAAACGGCGUGAAUCUUAUCAUCGGCUCUGCAAUCUGCUGGGAAAAUUACAUGCCUCUUCUUCGGCAGAGUUUGUACUCGCAAAACGUCAAUUUGUAUCUCGCCCCCACGGCUGAUGGAAGAGAUACAUGGCUCCCGCUUAUGCGGACAGUGGCCACUGAGGGUCGUGCUGUGGUGCUCUCUGCUAAUCAAUGCGUGCGAAAGACCGAGUUGCCGAGUUGGAUUACCGGUGCUCCUUCUGCGGAUAGUACGUCGACAGAAGAACACACCAAAGAACCCCAAGAAAUCACCUGGCCACAAUCAGCAGGCGAACAGCUACAUCCAGACAAGAAGCGAGAUCAGAUGUACGCAAGUCUGGCUGUUGAAGACGAUGCAGGCGCCAUAUCCGAGCUGGAGCUGAAAAAGAAGGGUCUCGCUCAACGGUCUGUAUUGUCCAAUUCGGCUUCAAAGAAAGAUCCGGCAACAGAAGAGUACAUCUGCCACGGCGGGUCAUGCAUUAUCGGGCCUUUGGGACAGAUCUGUGGCGGUCCGAUCUGGGAUGUCUGCACUGAUGACAAUGAUGAUUCAAGUGCAGUAGGUGAUGGCCUGGUCAUUGCCGAAAUCGACUUUGACGAUUGCACACGAGGAAGGUUGGAUCUGGAUGUGGCGGGAAGUUAUUCACGAAAUGAUGCUUUUAAGCUUACUGUUGAAGGGCUAGAUUUGAAUCCACCUCCUUUUUAG